AUGGCAGCCACCAAGUCGACUGAAAUUGAGAUGUCGACUCUGUCUGGUUCUGCCGCCGCUGCGACGCAGACAGACGACCCUACCUCGAGUGACGCUAUGAUCUCGAGCAACAGUGUUGAGGCCGACGCUACGACGCCUCCGCAGUCUUACUUGCGGCCCUUCGCCGAGCUCACAACCAGCUUCGACGAAAAGGGCACGUACCCACUCCGUGUGAUUCCUCUGUCGCCAGGAUUUUCUAUUUCUGGGGCAUGA